AUCGAGUACAUAUUCUGCUAAUGUUGCUCAGUUCAUUACUAAACUAAUGGGUCGAUGAGGGGCGCCUUCAACCCCUCCACCCGAAUUUGGGCACCCAUAUCUUCGAAAAACGCACAAAGCCAAGUGAUUCAAAUGCUUUCUCUCAUAUCAUGGAACAUCGACGCCUUCUCCUCACGGGCCAUCUCACGGGCAAAACUCAUCCUUGGCCAUAUCCUCAAGGGACCGAAAUCUCCUGAUAUCAUCUUUCUCCAAGAAGUCACGCCCGACGUCCGCACCUCUCUCCUGAGGGAUGCGAGAGUGCGUGUUACCUUCCUGGUGACUGACACCGAGGACCAAACGUUGUUUGAGAAAGUACCCUUUGCAACCAUGACGUUGCUGUCCCGCACGCACUUUACCUCUGGCCUGGAUUCGCAGAAGGAAGACGAUGGGAUCGAAGGAGGGGAAAAGUUCAUGCUCGGGCGCAUCUCCCGAGUGACACUCCCAAGCAAGUACAGGAGGGAUGCGCUUUGUGUGGACAUUAUCCCCCCAAGUGCGCCGGGCACAUUCUUCCGUCUCAUCAACGUGCACCUUGACUCGCUCGGGGAUACGCUACAUUACCGCGCCCAGCAAAUGGAGAUACUGGCCAACACCCUGUGCGAGCCCGGAUGCGGUGGCGGGAUCAUUGCGGGUGACUUCAAUGCCAUCAGCCCCGAGGAUGAUGGGCUUGUCGACAAGAACAAACUGGAAGAUGCGUGGGUCGCAUUGCAUGGGAGGGGAGACCUUGAUGGAGCUACGUGGGGUGUCAGCGUGGAACGGCGGGACGGACUGGGGCCAGGUGACGGAUGAGAAGGGGAUUUGGCGUGCUGAGAGAUGCAAGGAUAGGUGAAAGGAGAUGCUGUGUGACGUGAUCGUCAGCAGUUGCGGUGGGCUGGCGAGCGGGGGCCAC